CUCCGCAUGGUACUGUACGAUAUCAGAACAGAAUGUCUUGGAUACCAGAGUGAGCAUGGUGUAUCUGAAUUGCGAAGAUGUCCGUACUGCAGUACAAUUUGGACCAAGGUGGAAGGAUGCGAAGGUGAUACAACCUGCGGAAAUCGGCCAUCAACUGUCAACGACUUCAGAGAUUCAGCAUACGCGGUUCUGGGCACCUUCUCGUUUAGAUGGCUUAGUAAUGGCAAGUGUGAGAUCAGCAAGAGCGGUGGUAAGACCGUGAAAAGCGUGAGGCCGAGUUCUUCAUCAUUUAUUGGAUGUGGAAAGUCAAUCAACUGGAAACAGAUGCCAACCGUUACGGUCCCUUCUGAAUUCAGUGAAACGGUAAAGGUUGGAACAAGCGAUAUCAAGGUCCUUCCACCAACUGCAUCGGGGUUCAAAGAACAGCUGUCUGACAAGAUAGGUGCAGCGCAAAGAGAGCUGAAUCUACCGGAGAGACCAUCUCCGUCUGAAGCAAAUCAGAACAUAUAGUAUGACCUCUGUGACGUGCUAAAAGGAUCCUCUGCCUUUUUGAAAUACUCCAGUUACGAACAUUUUGAUAUGAUUUCAUUAAUGAACAAUACAAUUGAACGGGUUUAAGGUAGCUUUAUAAAGUUUGUAAACUAAUUUGUGCAGUGUUAGAAAUUGAUGAAGUCGUGUAGCUCACUUUAAUUAUGUCGAUCAAAGUUAGAGGCCAAAACCCCUUUAAUAGUUGGAAAAAAGUGUCUAAAGCUACAGGAUCAGAUUCAGUAAUUGUUUAAGCUUCAAGAAAACUAUAAAUACAGCCUAUGUCAUCAUGCCAUAUACAGCAAAACAUGUAAUGGGUGGAUAACCUUCAGGGAAUUGGUCAAUGUACAGGUAUAACAGAGGUGCCCGUUAAAUCAAAGGUCUCUUACGCCCAAGCUCUCCUUAAAUGCUGGAUAGAGUUUUCCUUGUUACAGCUUGCAUGCUGUAAUAACGUAGAGACUAAUACAAAACUCGUCAUAUAAAGGUUUUUAAAAAUCACAUGAAAACCAAAAACAAGAAUUAUAUGGUGAAAAUCUCCAUUGUUUAUCUUUGCGAAAUGGUGGUAAAAACAACAGACUAACAGCAGUUUUCAAAAAGGAAACAACAUUUUUCAAUUUACAAAACAUGAUUCUAUGCGAAAUGCAUUUUAAUUUUGUUAUACAGAAGGAGCGCCAGUCAUUUGCUUUUCCACAAAGAAGUGAUGGAAAUGAUUGGAACAGGGAGUACACUAAACUAGUCUACAAGGAACGAAUGACAAGAAUCAACGAAUCAACUGUCCCUUAAUUCGGGAAUUUGGUAUCGUUAAGUGUCCGCUCCCGCCAAAUAGAGGCUUGGACGGCUUAAGACUUGAGAAGUGCGGCUCACUUAAUACAGGGUGAACACUGAAUAUUAGAUGACUUCUUAUAAUUAAUACAGGUUUGAUUGUACUGUCAAAUAUAUUCAAGUCGACAAUGCUUCAAAGAUGCUGCAC